AUGAGCCCUGAAAAGGAUUCUCAUCACGUGAAGAAUACGCCUGGAUGGGGAAUAUCUGAGAUUUUAAUGACUCUUAUACUUCUGUUUUUGGGGAAAACCUUGCUCCAAUAUGUGUGGCAGCGUUUGUGGGGGCCCCUGAUCCGUUUAUGGGGAGCCUUCCAAAAUCGGAAAGACACUGAACUGAGGAUUGUCCUCGUAGGGAGAACCGGAGCCGGGAGGAGCGCCACGGGAAACACCAUCCUGGGACAGAAGAAGUUUAAAUCUUUCAUAUCACCCACAUCAGUGACAAAAACAUUUGAAAAGUAUGAGACCGUAAUUGAUGGCAGGAAAAUUGUGGUUGUUGACACUCCUGGGCUUUUUGACACCAAAGAAAAACAGGAGAAAGACAUUUUCCAAAAAGUUGAAAAGUGCAUAAAAUGGUGCUACCCAGGUCCACAUGCCAUCAUACAAGUCAUGCAAGUGGGCCGUUUCACUCAGGAGGAAAAAGACAUUAAUCAAUUAAUCCAAGAUAAUUUAAGCCGUGAGGCGAAGGAUUAUUGGAUCGUUCUGUUCACCCACAAAGAUGAUCUGGAAGGAAAGUCUUUGCUAGCAUUUUUAAAUAAAGAAGAUCCAUCUCUUCUGGAGCACAUUAACCAACGGGGGGGCCGUUGCCUUGCUUUCAACAACAAGGCUGAAGGUCAGGAGAGGGAAGAGCAGGUGAAGGAGCUGCUUGGCAUGAUCGAUGACGUGCUGGAAAACAACAGCAGGGCCCCCUUUUACUCUGAAGAGAUGCUAGCCAGGAACCAAAGAGAAGAGAGGGAAGAGCAGGUGAAGGAGCUGCUGGACAUGAUCGAUGACGUGCUGGAAAACAACAGCAGGGCCCCCUUUUACUCUGAAGAGAUGCUAGCCAGGAACCAAAGAGACCUACGAGAACAACGAGACCAGAGAAAGAUAGGAGGAUCCAAGCAAAGGGAAAUCACAAAACCUAGGAAGGAGUCCAAAAAUUUGGCAAAAAAGAGAAAAAACUCGUGCAACAUAUCCUAAUAGAUGCAGCCAUGUUGCUUUUGAAACAAAAUCCCAAACAGACCUUGCGGAUACUUUAAUGAGGCCCAAGCCCCCCAAGAACAAAGGAACACCAUUACCCAAAGGUAGAUCCAUGUAUGAAUGUGCGUAAGGGGCAUGCUGACCCAUAAAGCAGUGCCUCGCACUUCAUUUUUAACCUUGGAACAACAUUCGCCAGCAGAUGUCUUACAGGUGAAGCCACUUUA